AAAAAACAAAAAAAAAAAAAUAUAUUACUUUUUCUAAAAAUGCCUUCCGAUUCUGACAUAGUAGCUAUUUGCGUAAAAGUUAUUAAAACUCUAGGCCACCUUCCAUCACAAAGUUCCAAAUUUUGCUUUUUAAAUUUAAAAAAUAAUUUAUCAGAUAUUCGCAAAGAACUUGAAAAAUCAAAAUCUAGAAUAAUUGAUAAUACGUUACUUUUUGCAAAAAAAGUAAAAAAAGUAUCGAGUGCAAGUGAAUAUAGUGGGGUAGUACGUGAACAUGAAGAAAAAUCUCUAUUAGAUAAAGUAGAAUAUAGAUAUAGUGAUGUAGUAUGCGAAUAUGAAGAAAAAAUGCUAUUAGAACAAAUCAUAGAUAAAGUAGUUAAUGAUAAUUCAACUGAUAUUUUCUUAUAUCUAAAGAAAAAUUCAAUUCCUGAUUGUAAUAUUUUGAAUGAUAAAUGUAAAUUAGAUUAUGGAUGUACUAUGAGUUUUGAUGGAAUUAAGAGAGCUAAUAAAAAAGCAUUUACGAUGGAGAAUUGUGUUUUAAAACAUAAUGAUAGUGGAAUAUAUAAAAAAGAUAAACUUGUAUUUACAUCGAAGGAAGAUUGGAUGAAAAAAACAAAUUUAUUUGUUAAUACUGAUAAUAUUAAUGUAAAUAGUUUUGUAAAAUACGGGUUAUCAGUUGGAAUUUCAUAUUUUCAAAAUGAAACUUUUAAUGAAGUAGUCAAGUCAGUAUAUGAAUAUACGGAAUUUGAAAAAGCAUCAUUGAAUUUUAAUUUAAAACCAACCGAAGAGUUCAUUAAAGCAGUGAAUGAUGCCAUUAAAUCUGAAAACUCUAGUGAAGAAUUUAAGGAAAUUAUUAAGGAGUAUGGUCAAUUUAUUCCAACUAAAGUUAUUUUGGGAGGAAGAGUUUAUUUUGAAAAUGUCAGAAAGGUAUCAGGAAAUUCCAAAAGUAAAACGGCAACUGCGAAUAUAAAAAUAGCAGACGGAAAUUAUAGUAAUACCAAGAAAAUUUCAAAAUUCUAUGACUUUAAUCACUUAAAAUUACUUGGAGGAAAGCAUCCUGAUGGUGAAAAUUUUGAUGAAAAAAAUUGGAUCGAAUCUUUGAAAGAUUAUCAAAAUUGGGAGUGUAUAGAAUACAGGAAUCCUAUUAGUAUAUUUCAAUUUCUACCUGAUGAUUUACGUAAAGAAUCCUUUAUAAAAAUUGGGAAAAAAAUCCUUUAUACAGGUACUGAAUAUUGUGACUAUUUUUUAUUUGAACCUGGAAUAUGCCGACAUUUUGAAUUAAAUAAAUUGCCAUCUCAUAUAUCAAGAAUUAUUCAAAAAAGUAAAGAUGCUAAUUGUGAUAUCCUUGCAACUGCCAUUGAUGCUGGAAAUUCAGAAAAUAUUUUUUUUAACUGUAAAAUUUUUUACGAUCAAGAAGGGAAACCAAGUGUUAUUAUCCAUGGCAUUCAAAAGGAAUUUCAAUUUCAUCGUCGUAAAUAUAAAUUGAAAGUUGGUUUAAUGAUUAUUGGUUAUGAUAUUGAUUUUAGUUUCAUUCUUUCUGAUACUAGUGUAGAAUUAAUAAAAACGGAAUACGAUUCACUAAAUCAACGUGAAUUUGGUAGUAUAAAAUUACCACUUGAACAUGAUUUAAUGACAAAAAACAUUCCUUUUUUUGGAAUUCCUAUAUUAAGUAAUUUGGAUUCUUCAAAUGACUCUCUUGUUAUUGGACAUAAUUUUUGCAAUACUCGAUUAGAUGUGGAAAGUAAAUAUAGAUUAGAUGCUUUUUCUUAUUGUUCAAAAACAAAUUGUUUUGUUAGACUACCUAAAUUUACUUUUUGCACGCUUAUUAUCCCGAAUAAUCCUACUUCUCUCACCUAUGAAUUACUUCCCUUUGAAUUUCAAUUUCCCUAUAUUUCAGAUAUAUUGCGAAAUAAACCAUAUAUUGAUCUUAAAGAAAAAUUCGCUCGGCAAUCUAAUAAUUUAGAUCCGAAAUGCGUUAGCUUAGUUUUAACAAGAGAUAAUAAUUACACUCCUAUUUAUUUAAAUCAAAGUAGAGACCAUAUUACCAUAGAAUAUGUUGAAUGUAGAUGCAAUAAAACCUGUUCUAUUUGUAAGGAAAAAACCUUAAAAAUAUCAUCAUCAAAUAAAGAUUAUGCUUCAUGUUCGGUUUUUUCAUUAAGUAGUGAUGCCAAUUUAACUGAAACUAAAUGAUAAAAUAGUUUUAACAAUUAGAGUUUUAGUAGUUAAAUAGCAUCUAUUGUAUGUAAUAUAACAAUUUCAAAAAUGUUGUUAACCAUUAAUCAUCAGUUAAGCAAUUAUUAGCUUGCUACGAAAAGUUGUAAAUUAUAUCUAUCUAUAUUAUUUUAUUUAUUAUGUUUUAUUUGAUUUUUUUUAUUUAAGGCU